CCUGGUGAUCGGCGACGCUCCCACCUUCGCCUCCAACUCACUGCUUCCAUCCUGCCCAGUGUCCUCUCGAGUCCCGGACCCGAGCACGAUGUGGAAACGCUGGCUGGCGCUCGCGCUGGUGACCAUCGCCCUGGUCCACGGCGAGGAGGAACAAAGAAGCAAAUCCAAGAUCUGCGCCAAUGUGUUUUGUGGAGCUGGCCGGGAAUGCGCCGUCACGGAGAAGGGGGAGCCAACGUGCCUCUGCAUUGAGCAAUGCAAACCUCACAAGAGGCCUGUGUGUGGCAGUAAUGGCAAGACCUACCUCAACCAUUGUGAACUUCACAGAGACGCCUGCCUCACUGGAUCCAAGAUCCAGGUUGAUUAUGAUGGGCACUGCAAAGAAAAGAAGUCUGUGAGUCCAUCCGCCAGCCCCGUUGUCUGCUAUCAGGCUAACCGUGAUGAGCUGCGGCGCCGGAUCAUCCAGUGGCUGGAAGCCGAGAUCAUUCCAGAUGGCUGGUUCUCUAAAGGCAGUAACUACAGUGAGAUCCUAGACAAGUACUUUAAGAGCUUUGAUAAUGGUGACUCUCACCUGGACUCCAGCGAAUUCCUGAAAUUCGUGGAGCAGAAUGAAACAGCCGUCAACAUCACCGCUUACCCCAAUCAGGAGAACAACAAACUGCUCAGAGGCCUCUGUGUUGAUGCCCUCAUUGAACUGUCCGAUGAGAACGCUGACUGGAAACUCAGCUUCCAAGAGUUCCUCAAGUGCCUCAACCCAUCCUUCAACCCUCCUGAGAAGAAGUGCGCCCUGGAGGACGAAACCUAUGCAGAUGGAGCUGAGACCGAGGUGGACUGCAAUCGCUGUGUCUGUUCCUGUGGACACUGGGUCUGCACAGCGAUGACCUGUGAUGGAAAGAAUCAGAAGGGGGUCCAGACCCACACAGAGGAGGAGAUGACGAGAUAUGCCCAGGAACUCCAGAAGCACCAGGGAACAGCAGAAAAGACCAAGAAGGUGAACACCAAAGAGAUCUAAGAAGAGGCACGUAGCACCUCAUCUGGAACCCAGCACCUCCUCUUCAGCGCUAAGUCCAGUAUACAGCGUCUGUGGCAAUCACCGAAUCACCAGUAUUUGCUUGUACGGCAGCAAAUCUUAUUCUGUUUGUUUUGCAAUAAAGGAAGUGAGGGUGGCUGGCUAGCCAGGGCAGGCAGGCCACAACUUUCACUUCUAGGAAUGCUUUAAGAGACACUAAAGGGCACCUUGGGGCAGGAGGCGAGUAUCCGGUUGGCAGAGGAGCAGAGGCAGGUCUGAAUGAAACCUUUCUGGGGUCAGCUGUGAGGAUACAACAGGAAAAGCAUGUGAUGUUAGGGGGAACACUGAGCUGGCCCUGCUGGAGGAAAUAGGGGGAGCUUGGUGGGGAGGAACCCUGCUGCUUUGACCCUUGUCACCACUGUCAUCAUCCCAGAUCUGCAGCAAAUCUGCUUCUCCUUUUGAUCCCCACAGUCACCUGCAUACACAGUCGCCCCAUUAGUUAGCUGUGUCCCUCAAACUUGGAGUUUCCUGAAGAGUGGGUUUGAAUGAUGCAAAUACUUACGGACUUCAAGCGCCAUGGAGACCUAACCAAAAUUUUAAAUACAUUUCCCUUCUUUUUUUUUUUUUUUUUACCAAAGGUGCUAUUUCUCUGUAAAACACUUUUUCUUUUUUGCAAGCUGACUUCAUUCCUCAGUUAUUACCAUUAUAUUAUUGUUGUUUUUUAAUAUUUCAUCUUUUGACUAGAUAUUACGCUUUUGUGAUUAUUUUUUUUCAUUAGUCUUACCAUUUCAGAAGUGAAGGUGAAAGGGGUUUGGGUGUUUCUCCAGGUACAGGGAACUCUAACACAGAUGACCCCUUGCCCUGCCACAUCCUAGACUGAACGCAGUCCAGAGCUACUGCACCCCCACCCAUGGCUCCCACAUGAUCGGCUGGGUGCCACAAAGCACAAGAGGUCCCUCAGACAGAAGCCAUGGGAAAAAAGCAUCUUCAUAGACAGUUGAGAUCCAAAGAGUUGAUUUGGUUUCAUUUCUUGUGAGAAGUUCCAAGGACGGGAUCCCAGGCCAUGGCAGCCUGCCGUCAUCUGUGGCUAACGGGCAGAGCGAGUCACUGCGGUCCUAGCUCUCCUAUUUCUGGGUGUCCGUUUCCUUAGAGAACUGAUUAGGAGGCAUCUUGAGAUUUAAUCAAUGGUAGUUUGUGGUUUAGGCAAUCCUCAAGCCCCUUUGUUGUCCUGUUUUAUGUGCAUUGGACGUAACAAAAAAAAAAAAAAA